AGCGGUAGUGCGCCGUGUUGCUGUCAUCGGAUGUGGUUGUGCCGUCCGUGCGGUUUGCGUUACGUUGCGGUUUUUUUACUCCCCAAUGCACGCUAGGGGUUGUUUCCAAGCUAUAAGCAUAUUGUUAAAGUUUUCGUUGCUGUGAAUAGUGCCCGUGACAAAGCCCCCCAAAUAUUCCGCCGAAGAAAACGCGUUCCAGUAGUUCUGGGGCGACCCACACCUCGAAUUUGGAGUGCCUUCCCCCUCUCGCUCUGGCUUAUUCGCGUUCCUAGAACUCCCGUGUGCCGCACCACACCUGGAUGUAGCCGUGGAGUAAUACGUAUGCACACACGGAAUACCGAAAGUGCGUCGCGUGCGCCUGUGGUUGUGCUGGAUUGCGCGUGUUUUUCUGUUAUUUUUUAGUGAGCUUGCGUGUAUCUAGUGUUUGUUGUUUGGGGCAGGAGGUGGUCCUGGGUGUGCGGUGGGACGGUGCGCUGGUUGAUUCAGUCCUGUUUUUCGUGUUCCCGUGGGUACCGCAAACAGAAAGCAAAAAAAAGGGGAGCCCUUCAGGUGCGUCACGUUGCAGUUGUUGCCGAUGGAAGGCGCGGUUUGCGGUGUGUGGCAGUUCGUUCAUAAAUUUUGUUCAGCGGAAUAAAAGCAGUUCUGUCGGAAGUUGAAUGAAUAUAAAAGGGAAUACCCUAGAAACCGGCCGUAGUGGAGUGGUCAUUGGGAGAAAGAAAGUGUGAAGCGGAAAAUUAAACACAACCCAAAACUACGGCAUGCGGAGGUCUUCUUCUUCAGAGAGGUGGGAAGAUCCAACAAGCGUUAGCAAGUUGUGCAAACACAGCAACCGCCAUGCGAGCGUGUUUUGUUAAGUGAAAUUCGGUUUCGUGAAAACGCAGCAACCAUCCGCCAGCCCAGCUCAGCGGAGAGAUACAGUGGCCGCCGGAAAAGAGCCAUCACCUGUGCAAAAGAAACGCGCCAACCUGCUGCGCGCAUCCAAUCUCAACCCCACAAAGGGAGCAAAAACGCAAUCGGAAGUACGGCGGAAAAGAUACAAUACGUGCGGGGAGAAAAGAUUUAAAAACCGGUCAAUCACAACCACUAAUCUUGACGCCGACGAGCACCGGGGCCACAUAGUAAUUAGCGAAGCUUCCUUUGAACGGAAUAGAGAUCAUUCACACGACGACGUCCAGUAACAUCCGCACGCGACAGGGUUCGCUUUCACUGUCGGGACGUGGUGGAAGCAGCGUGGCGCAUCCUAGCGAGGACAAAAUAGAACCACCAGCGGCAGCCGGAGCUCGCAGCGCGCACGAAAUGCGACAGGGUGACUGGCGUGAGCAAGAAGCGGCCCCACAACACCACCAACCCCAGCCCCAGCCCCAGCAACAGCAUCCGCACGGACACCGGCCGCACCAUCACCACAACCACCAUGCCCGCCAUUAAACCGACCGUGUACGCCGUGCUGGUAACCUCGGUUGGCUUCCUCUGUCUGGUCAUCAGUGCGACGGCCGUCGGAGUUCCACAGUGGGCGUACUACGAAGGUCGCGGUAUGGACGAUCGCGGGUACUUUGGUCCAUGGCAAAAGUGUCAGCAGCUCAACUACCGGGAACGGUGCGGUGACGGGGUCGGCCGAUUUAGACCAUCAGCUGUCGUAUUCGUCAGUGGUCUCUUGGCCGUCGGUGGCUGCGUGCUGUUCGGGAUCUUCUGCAUACUAAGCAUCGUCCAGAUCGCCAUGAUUGCGUCACGAGAUCGCGUCUGCAUGAGCUACAAGGCGCUGGUGUUGUCGAAGCUCGUAGCGACAGUGGUGGCCGCGGGCCUAUCGUUGGCGGCCGCCGUCCUGUUUUCACUCCAAACGGAUGACAACUCGCGGGGGUUCGAGAUCACACGGGGCAUUUCGUUCUAUCUGCAGCUGGUCGUGACCGGACUCUCGCUUGCACUGCUCGCUCUGGCCUCGUACGAUCGCAUCUUGACAAAGCGACCCGACGGCGAUCCGACGAUGCUCUCGAAUGCCACUAGCAACGGACGAAGAGGCCGACCCGCCGGUACCUACAACAAUCCCGGCUUCCGGGAGACGACGUCCAACAACCCGAAUGGAAUCGCAGUGACGGAUUCCUCUGGCCGACCGUACUCGUCCGGCAUGAACGGGAGCAUGCAGUCGGUCAACACCACCGUCACGACCGUAUCGAACGGUUCAACUGUCGGUUCCGGUUCCGUCACGCGGACACCGCUUCGGUCGAGUCUGAAAAAGCCGCGUCCGCCCGGUUCCACGACAACCACCGACGGGCUGGGCAUUCGCAAUCCGGGCUACUCUGGUGGCAACCAGUCGCCCCGGAUGCAACGAAACGGCAGCGUCAAAAAGGUGCGCAUCCAAACGCACAGCACGGACGUGUAGGAGUGUGUGACCGUUUCCGCACGGCCGCUGCUUUUUUCCGACGAUGGGAGAAAGCAAAGGACAAUCACGGGACAGGAGAGCUCUCCUGUGCAUUCAUAUUCCGUCCAUACAUUUUCUAAAUGAAAAAUCUACCGACAGGAUUAGUAAAAUUAUUUAACGCCCCUCUUAACACGAUUGAAGAUAGUUAAAGUAACAUGACAUGCAAUUAGUAAUCUCACGGAACGAUGGAGGAGACCACGGAAACGAAGGAAUCGAAUGGAAACUCGAAAAAAGUAAAAACGUACUGAUCUGUAAAUAUAGUAUUCACCGCGAAUUGAAACUCGCAGAAAAAUGCCCCAUAUUAGUGGUAAUAUAAAUUGGAAAGCGACAAACCAGCACGACCAUAAACGAUAGUCAAUCGGUAUGUCCAAUCGGUUACAGGCCCGUUAGGAAAGGAGUCAAUGCUCUGGCUAGCUUCCGAAGCCCAGACACAUUGCAAGUGAUCGUUUUGUGCAUUUUUUUUUCAUUACCCGUGUAUCAUGGACCAAUCAAGAAACGUUGCCUUACAAACCGAAAUCGCAUUCCACACGGUCGAGAAACUCUCUGUCGGAUGGGGUAGCAGGUAUUUUGCUAGCACAAUUCUUCACGUUACCCACUGUGUGCAAGAGUUUAAUCAAUUACGCUCACGUUUAUCUCAUUAUUCAUGUUCGGUGUAGUUUAACGAUAGCGUACGAUCAUCACCAUCUCUCCUGUAGGGUCAAUUUAGAAUCGAAUGUUAAUAAGUAGUUGAUCAUACGUUUGUUGUUUUAUAUUCACGUUGUCCAUUUGCUAUUGCCACCUUUCGAGAGUUUUAUGUGAAACAGUACAACAAUAGAAAAGCACAGCACAUUGCCGAGAGCCAGCAUCAAUCUUAGUCCACGCGGUCGUUGCCCAUUGCAGGACAAAAGGCAAUGUUACACGACGAAGCAAGUGUAAUUUUUAUUUGUUAUUUAAAAUGUGCCGAUGCGCGAUGGUCUCCUGUGUGGUGAGCGCCGUUGAAUUGAUUUGAAAAAUAUGAUCAUGGUCUUCCAGCGACAUCCAGCGUGUAGCGUGUGUUACGUAGCGGAUGGAAACCGAUCGCGCCAACCACGUGCAUAUUCCGGUGUGAACAUUCCGUCCCAAGAUCACCGAAGAACGAUGGUAAAAGCGUCCGUGGGCAAAGCGAAUAGUUUAGCCAAGCAAUGCAACGGUUAUGUUAUCAGUAUCACACAUAUCAUCGCCGGGAAAAGGGGCAUGUAGCAUUCCAAUCAGUUUUAUUUUUAAACUAAUACCGUCCAUUGUAACACAACUGUGUCGUAGUUUUAUAGUAGCGAUACGCAUAGGUUUAUGUUUUUUUUUGUUUAUCGUCAUAAGAAGGAAGCAAUAUUACUGUGCUAAUGUAACAUUGGCCGAUACAAUGCCGCCCGUACCUUAGAGAAAAGUGUGUCGGAAACCCGGUACGAAACGUACUUUUAUUCGUGUGUAAAUCAAUUGGCUCCGUAUAAGCCGACCUAGGAGAGGCAUCCUCUCAAGCGUAGCGAACGAAAGUCUCAACAAAAAAAAAACGGAAAAACGGAAAGUCGACCAAUGCACAAAGUAUAGCAUAUAAAAAUAGAAACUUUCUUCUUUUCUGUCCUACUUGAGGGAGAAAAGGGAUGUUAGAAUUUGGUUAAGUUUUUCUAACGUUAGUUAUUGUUUAAUCUUACAAAUUGACCUAAUGCACUACAUUCGUACCGAGGACAAAGCAGCAACAAUCAAUAAUCCGUCUGUAUCGUCGUUAUGUAGCGAUUCAUUAAAAAUGAAUUCUGUAAUCGUCUGUUCAUCAAUCACAAGAAGAUGUAUUUCGUUCCGUAUUGCCUGGAUCUGUAUUAUUUUAAUGUUGCAGUAGAAAGUGAGUCGAAUAAUGUUGUGGUUAAUAAAGCAAAGGUUCCCAUGGAAUGGAGCCUACGAAAAAAU